AUGCCAGUCGAGUCCAUUCCGUUGGCGUCGCACGCCCACCUCGCCUGGCGGUACAAAGUGGACCCGUCCGUGUUCAUCUUUCCCCCCGCGACGCUUCGGGUGUACACCACGAUCAAGAAACCCUCUCGUGACAGACCCCGAACUCCCACGGAACCAUCUCGCUGGACAUGA